UACAAUAGUUGUCGUCAAGUCUCGAAAUGUAAUUGUACAAUGGCGGUAGCUACAGAAUUAAAGUGGAAAAGAAUAUUAAAUCCAACAGGACCGCAACCAAGACCUCGACAUGGACAUCGUGCUGUGGCAAUAAAAGAUCUUAUGGUAGUUUUUGGUGGCGGCAAUGAAGGAAUUGUUCAUGAAUUACAUGUUUAUAACACAGCUACAAACCAAUGGUUUGUACCUACAACAAAAGGGGAUGUACCCCCUGGAUGCGCCGCAUAUGGAUUUGUCGUUGAUGGGACACGUUUAUUCGUUUUUGGUGGAAUGAUCGAAUAUGGUCGAUACAGUAACGAUUUAUAUGAAUUACAAGCAGCCAGAUGGGAGUGGAAGAAACAUAAACCUAUACCACCACGUAAUGGAAAACCACCUUGUCCUAGAUUAGGGCACAGUUUCACAUUGGUUAAUGGAAAAGUUUAUCUGUUCGGUGGUUUAGCAAAUGAUGGUGAAAAUCCUAAAAAUAAUAUACCACGAUAUUUAAAUGAUUUAUAUGCUUUGGAUAUUAAGUCAAGUACAUCGACUGUAUCGUGGGAAUUGCCUCAGACUUUUGGAACGCGUCCUCCACCAAGGGAAUCUCAUACAGCCGUUGCGUAUACUGAUAAAAAUACACAAGAAAGUUUGUUAGUUGUAUAUGGAGGUAUGAGUGGAUGCCGUCUUGGAGAUUUAUGGAUAUUAAAUACAGCAACAAUGACAUGGACAAAACCACACGUAUCCGGACCAGUUCCAUUACCUAGAUCACUUCACACGUCAACAUUAAUUGGCAACAGAAUGUUUGUUUUUGGUGGAUGGGUUCCAUUAGUUAUGGAUGAUGUGAAAGCGUCUAGUCAUGAAAAGGAAUGGAAAUGUACAAGCACUUUAGCUUGUCUUAACUUAGAAAAAAUGGAGUGGGAGGACAUACCAAUGAAUUGUGUUGAAGAAAAUAUACCCAGAGCUCGUGCUGGGCAUUGUGCAGUUGGUAUCCAUACAAGAUUGUAUAUUUGGUCUGGCAGAGACGGGUAUCGCAAAGCAUGGCAUAAUCAGGUAGUGUGUUGUAAAGAUUUAUGGUAUCUGGAAGUUGAUAGACCAGCUGCCCCUGGUCGUGUUACACUGUUUAAAGCUUUGGUAGAUCGAUUAGAAGUUAAUUGGCAGCCACCGCCACAGACAAACACAUUUAUUUUACAAGUACAGAAAUAUGAUAUGCAAAGUACCACAACCAGAGUCCCAUCAAGUGGAAUUCAGCAGCAACAACCGUACAUUCCACCUCAGGUACCAUCAUCUCCAAUUGAUACAAAACGAAAUUUACCUGCUACUGGAACACCUUAUCAACAAACAUCAACAGCAUCACCAGUUGGUGUAAAACUUCCUAUCACACAUAAAAUUGUUACACCAAUUCUAAAAGAACCUGCUAAACCCAAUUCAAUACACAUACCGACAACGGCUGUGAAUGUUGAAGCAAAUCAAUCACUGCCAGCAAAUGUUUUUAUGAGUCCACCACAGUCUGUUCAACGACGGCCAAGCAUUACUGCAGAUGGCCAAUUAACGGCUGGACCACAAUCCGGAUCAUCAUCGCCAUCGCAAACAGCAACCAGUAUAUCACAGGCUCAACUAAUAACAGCUGGUGGAUCACCGGUCAAAACUCAAACCGUAACUGUGCCUCGCAUUGCGUCUGUACAUAAUACAGCAACACCAGUGCAAAUAACUAAUGUACCACAAUCGUUAGCAAAUACAACAACAUUUAAUAAUGUACUAAAUAAGACGCGUACAACAAGUGCCGGACAAUUUUUGAAUUUGUCUGAUUUAGUUAUGUGUAACCCUGCUCAAACAAAAACCACAACUGUUCGAAUAAAACAUCCAUCAGUAGUGCCUGUAAUUCGUAGUCCAAUAAUUGCUCAGCCAACUUCACAAAUAAAUUCAGCAGGAAAUGUUGUAACACCAGUGACAGCUGUAGCAUCUGGCACAAAACAAGUAAUUUUAAGACAAACUGUGGCGGCUUCAUCAGCAUCAACCUCAAAUUCAUCUCCGUCAACUCAGACACUUGGAUUUUCACCAGGUGGACAUGUGGUUACCUUAGUCAAAACGAGUCAAGGCUUACAAGUAACUAAUAUGCCCAAAGUUAAUAUUGUGUCUGGAAAAGGUGUACAAACAAUUCAACAAGUACAAGGAAAAACAGUUUCUGUUCAAGGUGCUGGACAAGCUCAAGCUACAGGCCAACAACAAAUUGUUAAACUAAUAGGAAAUAAGGUUUUGAAAACUUUACCAGGAAAUGUUGUUCAAAUGACAAAACCAGGUCAACCAGGAAAAAUAGUUAUCUCUAAAGCCGGUGGAAACAAUCAAAUAUUAAAUCGUGCUGGCCAACAAGUAAUUGUUGUUACAACUGGAUCAACGUUACGGACAAUUCAGACAGUUACUACAACAAAAGCCAAUACCGGUGUAAAUAUCAUAUCGUCUGGUACAAAUGCAGGAAAUUUAACAAAUUUACAAUCAUCAGUGAAAUUAAUGGUUGUCUCAUCCGCUCAAUUACAAUCAGGAACUGGUGGAAAACCAAUAACUAUUACAGUACCUGGUAAUUCAGCAAAAACAAUGACUAUACAAAAACCUGGUCAACAACUUCUUGGAUCUGGUGGUAUUUUAACAGUACCAUCCAAUCAAAUUAUAACAAGUGGUGGAGGACAGAAACAAGUAAUGAUUGGAGGCAAACAAGUAACUGUAAUGGGUCAGAAAACCGUAACACUUCUAGGAAAUCAAUCUCUGGGUACACAUGGUAUACAAAAAUUGAUCUGCCUACCAACAUCGGCAGCCGCCUCUACCACAUCAAACUCAUUGUCAAACACAAGCGAAACACCCACUAAAUUUAUGAUUGUGCGCCCAAAAUUACCAACUGCGUCCACAAUUACAUCGUCUUCAACCAGCUACGAUACACCAGCAACUACUGAUGCAGCUUUAGCUGCUCUCGCGGCUGAAGCUGGUUUAAUUGACCCACAAGAAAAGGAAACAGAUGAAAGUAUGACAUGGUCUGCGGGAUCUGAUUCAGGAGCAAAUUCUGCAGCCACUAUUAAAGAACCAGGACUUAAAGGUGGAUCCAUACGGUACACUAAACUAGGUUUAAAAGGAGGAGUACAACGGUUUCAUCCGUAUAGGCGUCCAUUUAGAUUAGGUUUAUUUGGUGGAGGAAGUGUUGGAGAAAAUACACCUCCAGAAAGUCCUCCAGAGGAAUCAAGUUCCUCACAAGAGGAACCUCAACAAUCAUCACCUGCACAACCAGUUGAAGAACCAUCAACAGUACACGAAGAGAAAAAACCCGAUGAGGAGGAAAAAGAAGUUGUAAAUACUGAACAUGAAAAAGAAGCAUCCGAAGUACAAGAAAGUUCAGAACAAAAAACAGAAAGUCAGGAAAAUCUACCAGAAGAAACGACACUAACGGAAGACCAAGCAUUGGCAGAGCAGGAAAGUAGUAAAACAGAAAGUGAUUCAGAUAUAACCCAAGCUGUGGGUACGAAAGAAGAAAAUGAACAAAAUACUGAAAGUGAGAAUAAGAAUGAAGAAUUACCAGCAGAUUCACAUCCUGCAGAAGAGUCUAUAUCAUCUGAAGCACAAUCAGAGGAAUCGCAAGUUUAUGAUACAACCGCAUGUCGAUUACAAGUACCGACGUCACCGGAAGAAAGUGGCCAAGAAAGUGCCACGACAACACCUGUUCCGCCGCAAAACGACGAUGCUAAACAAGAACCAAGUAUCCAUGGCGAUGAUAUGCAAAAAGUUGAAAAACUAGAAGAUAAUAAAUUCGACAGAAAUGAAAUGGAUUAUGAAAAUAGUAAAACGGAAGAACCAACGUCAACUACACCAAGUGAAGCACCAAAACCUGACAUGAUGGAUGAAAGUAAUACGGAAAAUACACAACAGUCUGAAAGUAUAGAUAAACUUAAACAGGAGGAAGCAUCUGACAAAGCAAAACCAGAAAUGGAUUUUAUAUCAAAUCAGACGCCACAAUUACCAGUAGCUCCAUCACCUAUUGCGACAGAAUUAGACAAAUUACAAAAUCUCGACGAUCAAAUGUUAGGAGUACAUUCAACAGAAUCCACAAACGCGCUAGCAACAUUAGCAACAGCUGCAGUAGUACGAAGAUCAACACCAAAGUCACAUGAAGUCCCCACCCAAUAUAGUCAAAUUGCAAAUAUGAGUUUAUUACCGCCUGGUGAAGAGAAAAAAACUGAAGAUAAAAAAGAAAAUUGGUUUACUGUUGGUAUUAUUCAAGGAAAUUCAUAUUCCGUGAAGGAAUAUUUCUAUUUGGAUAAUGUUGAGGGUAUUAACCUAGAUAAUUUACCAGAUUUAACGAAUGUGAAAAAGACACCUUUGGCAUCUGGUACAGCGUAUAAGUUUCGUGUGGCAGCUAUUAAUUCAGUUGGUAUUGGACCAUGGUCUGAAUUAUCAGCCUUUAAAACAUGUUUACCUGGUUUCCCAGGUGCACCGUCUUCGAUAAAAAUAUCAAAGAGUGCUGAAGGUGCGCACUUAACUUGGGAUCCACCAGCUAAAGGACAAGGCGAUAUUAAAGAAUAUUCUGUAUAUUUAGCAGUUAGGAAUCAAAAGAAACCAGACUCUCCAAAGGAUCCAAAUCCAUUAUCACCUUUAUCAUUCAUUCGUGUAUAUUGUGGAGCUCCAAAUAAUUGUGUGGUUUCAAAUCAAUCAUUAUCAGCAGCACAUAUUGACUCAGCUUCAGCGAAACAAGCAAUCAUAUUCCGAAUUGCAGCAAAAAAUAAUAAAGGAUAUGGACCUGCUACACAAGUUAGGUGGUUACAAGAAUCAGCAGUGUCAAAUUCUGUACCAAGAAAACGCUCUCCAUCGACUUCAAACGGUUCUGAUAAAUCAUCAACACCGGUCUUAAAACGACCGAAAACACAAGGAGAUGAAUUUUGAAAAGACCUUCUUUCAUACAUUUCAUAACAUAUAAUGCCGAGUUGAUAACACGUAUCACCAACUCAACCACGAAUAAUUGUGUAAAUAGUUCUUAAUCAUGAAAAGAAGUAAGUCAAAAAUAAUAAAAAAAAUUCAAAAAUAAAAAUAAAUAAAUAAAACCACCUUGUGUGCCAAUAGAGACUGUACUACUAAAAAAAAAAAAAAUACAUGU